AUGGCAGUAGUGGAUGAACUCAUACGUGGAGAAGCAAAGGAACUGGAUAUUAAUAUUGUUCUCCAAGCCUUUAGAAGAAGAGAAAGCAUCUCAAACGAUAACGUGGACUUAAGGGGUAAAAUGGAAGCCAGUCAGGCUGAUGAUCCCUCAGUGGACCCAAAGGAACACUCACAAGCCAAACUGCACAAUAAUGAGAAAGAAGGAGCCUUUCAGAGGGAAUUGCCAUAUUGCACAGGAGAAAUCGACUUCAUGGCUUCUGGAAAGAAACGCGGAAAGUUUAUUAAGGUGCCCUGUGCCAUCCACCCUGGAGUUAUAUUUGACGUCAUGAGCAACAAGUGGAACCUUCCUGCUCCCAACCUGGUUGUCUCUUUAGUAGGAGAAGAAGAAAACUUUCAGAUGAAACCUUGGCUGCGUGACACCUUGAGAAAAGGAUUGGUGAAGGCUGCGCAAAGCACUGGUGCAUGGAUCUUUACCAGUGCCUUGCGUGUUGGAAUAACAAAACAUAUAGGGCAAGCGGUUCGGGAUCACAUGCUGGCGAGUACUUCUUCCACGGUAAAAGUGGUUGCGAUAGGAAUAACUUCACUGGGGAAAAUUCGCCACAGAGAACUUCUGGAUAAUGCCAAGAAUGACAGCCUUAUAAGCUACAAAUCUGACCACAGUGCCCAAGGUCCUCUAUAUUUUCUUGACAACCACCACUCUCAUUUUAUCUUGGUGGAUGAAAAAGACCCGAAUGAGCCGGAUGGGACUACAAGGCUACGUCUCACCUUCGAGAAACACAUUUCAGAACAGCGCACUGGCUACGGAGGAACAGGCAGCAUUGAAAUCCCUGUGCUCUGCUUGCUUGUGAAUGGAAGACCGAACAUACUCGAGCGAAUUUGCAGGGGACUGGAAAAUUCUGCCCCCUGGCUCAUCUUGGCUGGAUCUGGUGGGAUAGCCGAUAUCUUAGCUGCACUUAUUAAUGAACCACACUUAAUUGUGCCACAGGUGGUAGAAAAACAGUUAAAAGAGAAAUUCCCUACAGAGGAUUUCUUGGGGACAGACAUUCUUCAGUGGACUGCGGUGAUCCAGAGCAUUCUUGUCCAGCAGCAGCUUUUAACAGUGCAUAACUUUGAACAAGAAGGUUCAGAAGAACUGGAUACAGUCAUUUUGAAAGCACUGGUUAAAGCCUGUAAAAGUCAUAGUCAGGAAGCCCAAGAAUACCUGGAUGAAUUGAAGCUGGCUGUGGCCUGGAACAGAGUGGAUAUAGCUAAGAGUGAAAUAUUCAAUGGAGAUGUUGAAUGGAAGUCAUGUGACCUAGAGGAAGUGAUGAUGGAUGCCCUGGUAAAUGACAAGCCUGAAUUUGUCAAGUUGUUCAUUGAUAACGGGGCCAACAUGUAUGACUUCCUGACCUACAGCCGUCUUCAGAGACUCUACUGUACCAUCUCGCCAAAGUGUCUCCUCUAUUCGCUUCUGCUUAAAAAACACGAGGAAAGCAGACUCACCUUGGCAGGGAUGAGUGGUCAACAGCACAAGGAAGCAAUCGACACUUGCCCUCUCUUCACUCUUCAUGAGGUUUCCAGGGUGCUGAAGGACUUCCUUCAUGAUGCAUGCAGAGGUUUCUACCAAGACCCUAAAUCUGGAAGCAAGAAGAAAGCUAUAAGUGCAAAAAGGGUACCGAGCCCUUUGGAUAUGAAUCAGAAAAGCGAAAAUCCUUGGAGAGAUUUAUUCUUAUGGGCAGUACUUCAAAACCGACACAAGAUGGCGUACUACUUCUGGGCGAUGGGUCAGGAAGGUGUGGCUGCAGCCCUGGCAGCUUGCAAAAUCCUCCGAGAGAUGUCCCACCUGGAGAAAGAAGCUGAAGUCGUCCGCAAAAUGAAAGAGGCAAAAUAUGAGCAGCUUGCUGUGGAAUUGUUCAGUGAAUGCUACCACAAUAGUGAAGACCGAGCUUUUGCUUUGUUGGUGAGGAGGAACCGGUACUGGAGCAAAACGACUUGUCUCCACUUGGCUACAGAAGCAGAUACCAAGUCUUUCUUUGCUCACGAUGGGGUGCAGGCUUUUCUAACAAAAAUUUGGUGGGGAGAUAUGUCAACAUCCACCCCAAUCCUGAAGCUAAUCUGUGGAUUUGGGUGCCCUUUCCUGAUCUAUACGAAUUUGAUAUCUUUCAGUGAGGAAACACAAUCAGCCCAGGAGCCAGAAUCAUUUAAAGACCUUGACAGCCCGGAUUCUGAAAGGACACUGCUUUUCCCCAAGGAAGUAGAUAGGGGAGACGCCCAAUUAGAAACCCAAAUUGCUUCUGAAAAUAUAGCAUGUGCAACAUUUGUGUUUACACGAUGGAAAAAAUUCUGGACCGCCCCUGUCACAGUAUUUAUGGGGAAUGUUAUCAUGUACUUUGCCUUCCUCCUUCUUUUUGCCUAUGUCCUCUUAGUGAAUUUUAAACCACCCCCACCAAAGGGCCCAUCCAUCCAGGAGAUUGUACUUUACUUUUGGGUUUUUACGUUGGUCUUGGAAGAAAUCCGACAGAGUUUUUUCACUGAUGAAGAUAUGAAUUUAAUGAAAAAAAUCAAGCUGUAUGUAGAAGAUAAUUGGAACAAGUGUGACAUGGUGGCCAUCUUUUUCUUCAUUGUUGGAGUUACCUGCAGAAUGUUUAAUUCCACCUUUCAAGAUGGCCGCACAGUACUUGCUAUUGAUUUUAUGGUGUUCACUCUCAGACUGAUUCAUAUUUUUGCCAUCCAUAAGCAACUGGGCCCAAAGAUCAUCAUUGUGGAGAGAAUGAUGAAGGAUGUUUUCUUCUUCCUUUUUUUCCUGAGUGUAUGGCUCAUUGCCUAUGGCGUGACCACACAAGCCUUGCUCCAUCCUGAUGACAGUCGAGCGGAAUGGAUCUUCAGAAGGGUGCUCUACCGCCCCUAUCUUCACAUAUUUGGACAGAUUCCGCUGGAUGAAAUAGACUCAUCUCGCAUGAACUUUGAAAAUUGCACACCGAGUCCAAUGGCAAACCUGACGGAUAAUGCAUCGUCGUGCCCAAAUGCCUAUGCCAACUGGCUUGUCAUAGUCCUCUUAGUCAUUUUCCUGCUGGUUACAAAUGUACUGCUUAUGAAUCUCUUGAUUGCCAUGUUCAGUUACACUUUUCAGGUUGUUCAGGGAAAUGCAGACAUCUUCUGGAAAUUUCAGCGUUACAACUUGAUUGUGGAAUACCACGGCCGACCUGCGUUUGCCCCUCCCUUCAUCAUUAUUGACCACAUUAAGCUGUUUCUUAGACGGAUCUUUAAAAAGAUAGAGCACAAAAAGGAGCAUCUGGAAAGAGAUCUGCCAGGAGGUCUGGAUCAAAAAAUCAUAAUGUGGGAGAUGCUACAAAAAGAAAACUACCUGGCAAAUCUGGAAACAAAGAAGAAAGAAAGCAGUGAAGAAAGACUAAAGAAAAUGUCAGACAAGGUGAACAAUCUUUCAAAGUACUUUAAUGGUUUGAAAGACCAAGAGAAACGGCUUAGAUCUUUGGAAUCACAGAUUAGCGACAAAGUCCUUACCAGCAGCAACAGAGCUAAAAAUGCAACUGUGAAGCUAUGCUUUAGCUGA